GACAUAAGUAAAAAACACUCCAGCAGCUAGAGGAAUCAAACCAGCCUGGAAGAGAGAACUGAGAGGCUCAGUUUUCAACAUGCUGUGGCUUCUUUUACUCUUCUGUGGCCUGACUUUAGCCCAGGAUGACUCCAGCCCUGCUGAAACAUCAUCAUGUUCUCCUGCAUGUGAGCUCAUGAAAGAGUUUGGUGCCAUCAAGGAAAAAGUGAAUGCUUUGGAAACAAGGCUGAGUGACGCUGAAACCAGGCUAGAUGACAGUGAGAAGAAGACUCGUGAACUGGAGAACAGAGAACAUUACCAGGUGAUAUUCACUACAGCAACAGGAGGAGGAGGGGCACGCAUUGGACCUUUUGAGACAGCCACACCUUUAAUUUACAGAACAGUGAUUACAAACAUCGGCAACGGCUACAAUGAGACUACAGGUGUCUUCACCGCUCCUGUUGCAGGUGUUUAUUACUUCAGCUUCUCUUACCACGCUGGAGGGGCACAUGGAACACGUCUGGCUCUCCUCAAGAACUCUGAGACAAUUGUCAUGAGCGGUGAUCAAAAAUCAACGGCUGACAAAACUGAUAAUGGAGGAAACACUGCGUUUCUGCUGCUGCAGCCAGGUGACCGCGUGUUUGUGCGCCUGGCUGAAAAUACACAGGUUUGGGGAUCAGACUAUCACACUACAUUCAGCGGGUGUUUGGUCACUCAAAUGUAGCACUGUUGUUCUCCCCUUCAUAAAUAGUUCUUUUACCAGUGUAUUUCAAAAAAAUAAUAAAGAUAAAUGAAAGAAUGUUGCCAUUUAUUUCUUCUUAUUCAGUUCUGUCUGACAGAAAAAAUGUAAACAUUUAUGUUAAAAAUUGGUAUCCAUUCACAUCCAUUGUUCUCCCCUUCUUUAUCAAAUAAAGAGCUACUUUAACUUUUUUUUUAAUCAGUCUCAACAAAACUAUGGGACUGGGCUUUUAAACAGUCAAACAAAUACACUCAUGAAAGAAGGUCUCUUUUGCAGUCUUCCGAUGCUUUCAAUAUUUGUUUUUAAUGCCAUUAAAUGCUAUUUAAUACUGUCCGUGAUAUUUUAACUUACAAACUUAAUGGAGCCAUAGCCACAUCAUAUUCGUUAAGAUUUGAUGCAACACCAACCAAAAAUGACUGUUUAGCAAUGUUGGAUAGAAAUAUCCAGGCAGAUUUACAUUUGGAGACUCUACAUCAGGGGUGUCAAACUCCACAUCUGGCCUGUGGAACCGUUAUACCCAGCCUGCAAGAUCAUAUCUUAUUUUUAUUAUAACUGGCCCACUGGUAUGAGGUCUGCAGAUUUCCUCUGCUAUGAAAAUGUAAAUUAACCUUAAUCAUUUGAAAUAUCCCUGUUAAAACUUGAAAAAGUUAAAUGACAAAAUGAUCAAAUAAAAAUCCCAGGAUGUGGGACAAG